ACGAAGAGAUGGAGAAGGGUGCCAUUCUCGGUCGUUAUGUUGUUGACACUUCCAAGUGAAGGAGCUCAACACUCUUCAUCAUCUACUUUAAUUAUUCCUCCUUUCAUAUAUAACCAAUUUCACGACUUUGAUGUGCUUAAAGAUUACAACGUUGAUCUACGUUGGUGUAGCUCUGCGCAUAAGGUGCUGGUUCCGAAAAGGGGAAGCGCUUGCGCGGGAACUCAGUCGCCUGCGGAUUCCAUUUGCAUGGAGCUUCCGAUCAUGGACUACAACAGGCCUUCCCCGUUGGCCUGAUUUGUAUAUAAGGAGAAGAUCGGACCAGUUGAGCAGGUUGAUUCCAGCAAGGCACCUCUACACAGGAAACAUUGAAGGGAAAUCAUGUCAAUUCCAAAGACGCAAAAGGCCGUUCUGUUCAGAGAACACAACGGCCCGCUGUUAUACACCGACGUUCCAGUACCGGAGCCAUCAGAUACUGAGAUUCUUAUACGCUUAUCGUACUCCGGGGUGUGCCACUCUGACCUGCACGCAUGGCGAGGCGACUGGCCCGAUCCUACAAUUUUACCACUUAUUGGUGGCCACGAAGGUGCUGGCGAAGUCGUUGCCAUAGGCUCUGCAGUGAAGAACUUCAAAGUUGGCGACCUUGCAGGCGUUAAAUGGAUCAACAGAACGUGCCUCACCUGUGAAUACUGUCUGCGUGGUGAAGAGACCUGUUGUAUGAACCAGGACAUCUCUGGUUAUACCGUUCAAGGUACCUUUCAACAGUACGUAGUGGCUGAUGCCAUCCAAGCAGCAAAGAUUCCUCCUGGAGCGGAUUUGGCAGAGGUUGCACCUCUACUAUGUGCUGGUUUGACAGCUUAUAAGGCCUUGAAGAAGGCCAAUUUGCAGCAAGGAGAGUGGUGUGCUAUCAUCGGUGCCGGUGGUGGAUUGGGAAGCUACGCAGUGCAGUUUGCCAAAGCGAUGGGCUUCAGAGUGAUCGCCAUUGAUGCUGGUAACAAGUCGCAGAUGAUCAAAGAUCUCGGUGCUGAGGUCUUUAUUGACUUUACUCAGUGUGAUGAUCUUGCUAAAGAAGUCGAGAGGAUAACAGACGGAGGUGCCCAUGGUGUCAUUAACUUCAGCGUCAGUAGCAAAGCCAUGAACGUGGGUAUUAAGUACGUUAGAACAUUGGGAACUUUUGUUAUUGUCGGGAUGCCUGCGAAUGCCGUCAUCGAAAGCAACGUUGGAGACCACGUUAACAAGCAGUUCAACAUCACGGCGUCGAGUGUUGGUACGAGAGCCCAAAUGGAGGAUGUUCUCUCCUUUUACUCCCGCGGGCUGGUCAAGUCCAAAAUUCAGGUGUUCCCGUUGAGUCAAUUGUCCAAGGUGUACGAAAUGAUGGAAAAGAACAAGUUACAAGGGAGAGCUGUUGUUGAUAACUGGAGAUGAGUAUGUAAACGAAAAUUGUAAUGCUUCAUUGGCCAAUAUCCUCCAAGCCUCCUGAAUGGCUGGUCUCCCUUUGACACGUUACUUACAAAAGGAGAGCUGUAGGCUACGAGUAGAGGGGUUGAUUGUGGGGUAUGUAAUUGUUGUAGUCCAACUUUCAGGCUCAACAAGUUUAUGGAGUUAAAUGUCCUUCGGUAACAUGCAGCUGGGUCACCGGAGUUGUGAAAAGCACUCAAAAUUUCCUCGAGGAAGUACACGGACCUCGAAUCGAAUUGAGGAAAGUUAUCUAUACAGAAUGAACCUAACAAAGGAGCUCAGAAGCAAUCACAAGUUCUCUCAAUGAUCCACAGUAUC